GCUGCUCUUCCUCCUCCUCCUCUUCCUCAGACAUGUGGAGCAGCUAAGAGCAGCAGCUUCCUCCUGCCGGAUCUACCGGGUCUACCGGAGCUGCCAUGAUGUCUCCGCGGCUCUGCGCCGCCCUCUGCCUCCUCCUCACCGCCUCCUGCCGCCUCUGCUCGGCCGCCCGACACGGUUGUUUGUUUCAGAAGAAGAUCUGUCCCAGAGGUCAGCUCUGCAGCAACGACGGCCUGUUGGGCCAGUGCCGCGCUCCAGACCAGAAGCCGGUCCGGUACCGAGUCUCCGGCCCGGUUCUGCUGCGGCUGCAGGAAGUCCUGAAGGACCUGAUGGUUCAAGGUCUGACCUGGAAGGAUGAGCUGACCCAGUCCAUCAUCAGUCGGGAGCUGAGCUGGGUUCCUACCGACCCGGUUCUGGACCCGGAUCCGGAGGAGAACCCGCCCAAACCGUCCGUUUGGUUCCCCAGGUCCUCCAGGCUGCUGGGCCCGGCCCCUCAGACAGAACCGGACCCUGGAGGUCCAGCAGAACCCGAGCUGACGCAGCAGUACCUGGACUACCUGGUACUGGACCCGUACCAUCAGAACCAGAACCAGGAGCAGCGCUCCCUCAACUCUCUGGACCAGAACCCGACCUUCCAGCGGGGCGACGCUCUGGACCGGGACCGGCUGCUGCUGCAGGACCUGCUGUCCCUCUACCUGUCCUCCUCGCCGGCGCUGCCUCGCCACCGGGGGGCGCCGGCCGCCGGCUCCUCCCUGCUGCCAGACCUGGACUUCCCUCUGGACUACAGCCAGGACUACAACUCCCAGGAUCCUCAGCUCAGGAAGCAGGAGCUGGACGUCCUGUCAGGACUGGACGGGCGAUCCCUGCGCAGACUGUCUCUGCUGCUGGACGGUUUGGACCCGUCUGCUGCGCGGCUGGACUCGUCCUCCGUCCCCGGGCAUAGGGACGGAAUCGCAGCAGAUCACCUGGGAGACGGUCCAGCAGCCAAGCAGAAGCUCACAGAAGCCUUAAUGGCGUAUAAGGCGGCUCUGCAGGAGGCUCCGCCCCCAACCGCCAGGCCAGCUGAAGGACAGAAGGAGCUAGCCAAUCAGGACGCAGGAGGUGGAGCCAAGCUGUCUGGACACACCAAUCAGAGUGCGGUCGGACAGGCUGUCAGCUUCAGAACCAGACCCAACUCCAGGAACCUGACGGCUGCACACCAACCAGUUGCAGGGCAGAACUUCCUGCAGACUGAAACGGGCCUAAAGGUUCUCCAGAGCGGCGCCGAACAGACGGAUGAAGGGAAGUCGUCGUUGCCCCUGGCGACCAGAGUCCAGCCCGGCUCCCGCUGGCUGUUCGCCACGCUGGUGUCCACGGCGUGCAUCGGCGGCAUCCUGGUGGCGGCCAUGACCAUCGCCUGCCUGCGCCGCCACGCCCACCGUCUGGCCGCCAAGAAGCUGGGCCUGGGCCCGGACGGCGGCGGCUUCACCCACCAGGAGUACCAGGAUCUGUGUCGGCAGCACAUGGCUUCCAAAGGCGCCUUUGGCCGGCUGGAGGCCGCCGCCCUGGGCGCGGUGGGCGGGGCCGGCGGCGCGGCGGGGAGUGGGGCCGGCGCAGUGGGCGGGGCCGGCGUGGCGGGCGGAGUCGGGCCGGACUCCAGGGUGAGCAGCGUGUCGUCCCAGUUCAGCGACGGCGCCCAGCCCAGUCCCAGCUCCCACAGCAGCACGCCGUCCUGGUGCGAGGAGCCGGCGCAGGCCAACAUGGACAUCUCAACGGGUCACAUGAUCCUGGCCUACAUGGAGGACCACCUGCGGAACAAGGACCGGCUCCUGAAGGAGUGGGCCGCUCUCUGCUCCUACCAGGCAGAACCCAGCGCCGUCUCCGUGGCCCAGAGCGACGCCAACACCAAGAAGAACCGCUGCCCCGACUCGCUGCCUUAUGACCACUCCAGGGUGAAGCUGAAGGCCGACAGCAACCCGUCUCGCUCCGAUUACGUCAACGCCAGCACCAUCAUUGAACACGACCCCAGGAUGCCGGCCUACAUCGCCACCCAGGGCCCCCUGCCACACACCAUCUCUGACUUCUGGCAGAUGGUUUGGGAGAACGGCUGCACUGUGAUCGUGAUGAUGACGGCUCUGGUGGAGGACGGGGAGAAGCAGUGUGACCGGUACUGGCCAGAUGAAGGCUCCUCCCUCUACCACAUCUACGAGGUGAACCUGGUGUCGGAGCACAUCUGGUGUAACGACUUCCUGGUGCGCAGUUUCUACCUGAAGAACGUGCAGACGCAGGAGACGCGCACGCUCACACAGUUCCACUUCCUCAGCUGGCCGGCGCAGGGAAUCCCCACCUCCACGCGCCCCCUGCUGGACUUCCGCAGGAAGGUGAAUAAAUGCUACCGCGGACGCUCCUGCCCCAUCAUCGUUCACUGCAGCGACGGCACUGGGCGGACCGGGACUUACAUCCUGAUCGACAUGGUUCUGAACCGCAUGGCUAAAGGCGUCAAGGAGAUCGACAUCGCCGCUACGCUGGAGCACGUCCGGGACCAGCGGCCCGGGAUGGUCCGCACCAAGGACCAGUUUGAGUUUGCUCUGACGGCGGUUGCAGAGGAGGUGAACGCCAUCCUCAAGGCGCUGCCCCAGUGACCCCUGGACGACCUCAGAUGACCCCCGGCACUGACUCAGGACGAUCUAGGCGAUGUGUUCAGGAGCAUUUAGGAGAACCUGUGUGAAACGUGCAUGUGAAUGCACCACGAGCUUUACCCACCCAGACAGCUGGUGUUGUGUUGUAGCUGAACCUGCGGAGCCGGAUCUGGAUCCGCUCCAGGUUUCCUCUGCUGCUCAUGGACCCCCUCUGUGCGUUUCCCGUCUAUGUAGUCGUUAACCUCCAGCAAGAGAAAACUAUAAAAAAUAAAGCUGAUUUUGUAAGUGUGACCUUAAAUAAAUCUGUUUGUGUUGCA